UGCUUAGCGCGCUUUCCCAACGUGACCGCGACUUUUCGCUAGUCAACAUUUGAACUCCCCAGGUUGCGCGUUGACGACGACGUGCACCUGAAGCAUCCCGCGAGACCAAGCAUCCCUCCAUCGGCUCCUGCCAUCGUCAUCGCCAUGGCUCUCCCCAUCACCACCAUUGCCGAGAGCAAGGAGCUCCGAGGCCUCAAUCUGAUCGCCGCCCACUCUCACAUCCGCGGCUUAGGCGUCGAGCCCGAUACCCUGGAGCCCAAAGAAUCGUCGCAGGGCCUGGUCGGCCAGCAAAAAGCACGGAAAGCAGCUGCUGUCAUUCUUCAAAUGGCAAAGGACGGCAAGAUUGCAGGCCGCGCAGUCCUGAUCGCAGGGCCGCCUAGCACGGGGAAGACCGCGAUAGCCAUGGGCAUGGCGCAGUCAUUGGGUGCCGACGUUCCCUUUACCAUGCUCGCAUCCUCCGAGAUCUUCUCGCUCGACAUGUCCAAGACCGAGGCCCUUACACAAGCGUUUCGCAAAUCGAUAGGCGUGCGCAUAACGGAGGAGAGCGAGGUCAUCGAGGGCGAGGUGGUGGAAAUUCAGAUCGAUCGCAGUGUAACGGGGGCCAACAAGCAAGGCAAACUGACAAUCAAGACGACUGAUAUGGAGACCAUCUAUGACAUGGGCACCAAAAUGAUUGACGGCAUGACCAAGGAGAAGGUCAUGGCUGGCGAUAUUGUCUCCAUUGACAAGGCAUCGGGCAAGAUCACAAAACUUGGACGGUCGUACACUCGCUCGCGCGACUACGAUGCAAUGGGAAUAGACACAAAAUUCGUUCAGUGCCCUGAAGGCGAGUUGCAGCAGCGGCGCGAAGUAGUGCACACCGUCAGCCUUCACGAGAUUGAUGUGAUCAACUCGCGAACCCAAGGAUUUCUCGCUCUCUUCUCCGGCGAUACUGGCGAGAUCCGAAGCGAGGUGCGCGACCAGAUCAACACAAAGGUGGCAGAAUGGAAAGAGGAAGGCAAAGCUGAGAUCAUUCCCGGCGUGCUGUUCAUAGACGAAGUGCACAUGCUCGACAUCGAAUGCUUUUCCUUCAUCAACCGCGCGCUCGAGGACGAGCUAGCACCUAUCGUCAUCAUGGCAAGCAACAGAGGCAACACACAGAUCAGGGGCACCGACUAUCGCUCUCCUCACGGCCUACCUCUGGAUUUCCUGGAUCGAGUCGUUAUUGUAAGCACAAAUCCGUAUUCCAGCGAGGAGCUGCAGCAGAUUCUAUCCAUAAGAGCCCAGGAAGAAGAAGUCGACGUGUCACCCGACGCCCUGGCACUUCUCACAAAAGUCGGUCAUGAGAGAGGUCUACGAUAUGCAAGCAACCUCAUCACGACCUCCGAUUUGCUCCGCAGCAAACGGCAAGGCAAGGAUGUGAGCGUUGACGAUGUACAACGGAGUUUCGCACUCUUCAUGGAUCCCACGAGAAGCGUGCAGUUCGUCGCCGACUCGGAACAACGUCUUAUCGGCGAUGCAGGCGACGUCAAACUCUCUGUUACGAACGGCACAGAGAAGAUGGACAUGUCGUAA